CCGUUAUUUACAGUUCAUGAAAGACGAUGGCGUGCAGGUUCUUUUUGCUGAUGGUGCGACCAGCAAAUGUCAGCUAUAUCCAUCAAACCAACUCCCCAGUCCUGCUGUAGUGAAUAAACCUCCCGAGGCCUCCCRUGCAAAGAAGGGCCCUAGAACGACGUCAUCGCAGAAGUCUUCUGAAGACCCUCCAGUACCCGUUUUGUCUUUACCGGAUCAGGUCCCUCAGUGGAUUAGUACUGGUAUAGGGGGAGCGAGGGUUGGGAACAAGGAAGACGGACAGAUCGAGUCGAUCGACGGUGUAUUGUAUUCAGUUGCCACGUGUGCAGAGACUGGUCAGGUUCUUCGUACCCGAGAGGACAACGUUGUAACAGUCGAACGUCCCGACGGCAGCUUGGUUGUUGAACACGAAGACGGAACACGUAUCACUACAUUUUAUCAUCAAAUUGAACGUCAGACRCAGGUCCCUGAUAAUGAGACCGGAGAUCAAGCACAGUACGACACGUUCCAAGGAAAAUUCGUUAAGGUCGAGUGUCCUGGGUUCGCUGCACUUGUAUUCAACCUGACCGAGGGGUCUUGUGGGACAGUGUUUGGUAAUGGGGUCAAUAUUGAGACAUGCGCAGAUGGGAUUACUACUAUUGAUAGGCCUGAUGGAACACAACUGCACAUUGACGAUAGAGGUACUUUUACUGUACUGUCGAUUCCACACAUCAAUGCACUGCUUUUAAAACUGAACUUCAAAUCAAGAUUGUGA